UGGGAGAAGGAUUAUCCGUGACACCGUGAUGGAGGAGGUUGUUGGAGGCUCCGCGCCCCAGGCAGAGCCCGAGGCCGGGGAACCAGAGAAAGUCUAUGGGAAGACUAUGGAAGAGGAGCCUACAGACAAAGUUACUGCUGCUAAGAAGAAGUCUAGGUAUUAAAUCCCGAUAUUAACCACGCUUGAGAUCGAUGUCACUCUUAGCAAAUUAUUAGGAACCAUGGUGUCAGUGUCGUUUCAGACCAUGCUGCAGGCCAGCCUUAGGUUGCUCAAAGGGCUUAGACAACUAUUGACUCGGCGGCGAGUAGAGGUAGAUGAAAACCCCAAAUCACCGGAAGAGGGAAGGGAGGAGGAAGCUCCGCAAGAAGUCGCGAACCUUCAAAGGAGCCGCGGGGAUUUGGAGGAUCUCGAGAAAGUUUUUGCGGACAUCCGCCUGAGUUUGCAGGACCGAGAAGGUGGCGAGGUCAUGAGGGAACUCCCCAGAACAAAGCUCAGCUUCCAUGCGCUGCCCGUAGGAAAGUUGAAAAUCCAGAUCGGGACUCAUCAUACCGACGCAUUAGUAGACAGGGGAGCGGAAAUCACUCUCAUAAGGAGAGAUUUCGCAACAAUCACGGGUUGUACGGUAAAUAAGGAAGUAACAGGGAGCAUCCGGGGAGCCGGUGGGGAAAUUUCGUUCGUUGGGUAUGUCACGAAAUGCGCAGUUAAGGCAGGGAUCAAGGAGUCGAUCUGGUCGUUUCAACGGAUGACCGUAAUGGAGGAAAUGGAUAACGACAUAAUCCUCGAGAGACCAUGGUGCGCAAACGUGGAAAUGAUAGGCAUGCACUUGCACGAUGGCACGUACAUGGUAGAUAUAGAGGACCCAGUGACCAGUCGGGGUGAGCUCCUCCGACUCCUUGGGACGAGAGGAGACCCUCCGAAGGGGAAGUUGGCUACGUGGUCGCCGUCGUUCGAAGAUGGCGCACGGAAGGGGGCUUUUGCGCGGAUGGAGGGUAUGAGAGAAAGGGUAAAAAUUAUGAUUGAGGAGGCAUUCAAUAAGAAGGAAUGGAUCAAGAUGGGCCUGCCCGAGAAGAAGAGAAAGCACGAGGACGAAGUCUUAGGUGUUAUGGUGGCAGAGAGGGAAUCGGAAGUCGAACUCGGAGCCAGCCUGCCCAGACGGAAAGAAGUGCGGAUGGAGGCACCUGAAAUCGCACUCGAGAUCCUCGACGUAGUGCAACUCAUCAAAGCUAUCAGGUAUCACAAAGUAGGGGUGGAUCCAACGACGCUGGCCAAAUUUGAAGGAGAAUUCAAGAAGGAGGUCCUAGCCAUCUUCCAUUGCCUCAAGACCUUCCAAGCCUACCUAUUUGGGAGGCGGUUCAUCCUUAGGAUCGAUCCGACGAAUGUUGCAGGGGACUUAAAGAAUUAUAGGCCUAUAAAUCCAUCAGUGGGGAGAUGGGUAGGAUUUAUCUGGCAGUUCGAUUACAAGAUCGAGCGAAUUGCUGUAAUAAAAAACAAGACCGAUGGGCUGAGUUGGGUCUGCAUCACUCCCGAAGGGGUGGAGGAUGCGGAGCCCAUAGACGCAUUCCUUGAAUACGAAGGAGAGACUCUUGCGGUGGAUAACGAAAUGAUUGGCGAAGAAUGCACGUCGGGAGAACUGUUGAUCCGGACCUUGGAGAAGGGGGCACCUGCCGUAGUAGCAAAACUUAGAGAAGGACCAUUCACCACUCGAGGUCGCAAAGAGGAGAAAGAUUCGUGGGGAGCAAUAGUAGGACCGAAGGAGGAACUAAUAGCAAUGGCGAUUGAGGGAGGCCGGGAAGCUGUGAUGAGCUUAGUAGAAUCUUGGGAAAGGAAAGAGUUGCGGUGGAUGGUAAACCAAAUACAGGAGAGAAAAGAUGAGGACGAGGAAGGAAAUGAGUUUUUCUAUGCUCAGAUAUACGGAGGGAUCUUUCGGGAGAUUGGGUUGUUGCUGGUAGGAAACAAACAACCCAUGGAAGUCAACAUUAAAGCAAGGGAGGAGGCUUAGAGGUAAAAUGACGAUCCACAUAUGACCACGGAAGAAUUGAUUGAGGCAAGAUGUCAACAAAUUCUUAGGAACGAG